AUUAACACCUGACCUGGGCACCUUCAGCUGCUUUCCAACUCUCUUCUUUCCCUUUCAUUCCCCUCCUCUAAGCUAAGAAACACACAUGGGCCGUCAAUUUAGAUAUAUAAUGCGACUUCGUUAGUCCUUAUCCGUAUCUCUGGCCUAAGGCAUUUCUUUCCUCUCCUUUGCUCCCAUUUCGUUGCCCCUCCACUACUACCCAGAUGGAGUUCGUCCCGGCCGUGGCAGCGUGGGCUAUAUCCGCCGCCUGCCGGAACAGCAUAACGAGCCAAUGGCUUAGCAGCAUCUGCGAGCGACGAGACCACGUCAAGGAGCUCGCCGAGAGGCUCUCCCCGAAGGCGCAGGUGUACUCGCCCGAGUCCGAUGCGUUUACCGCGUCCCUAUCCCGCUGGUCGCUGCUGGGCAAGCCGGGGAUGGAAAUCGUGGUUGUUCCGAGCGUGGAGAACGACGUUGCGGAGACGGUGAAAUACGCAAAUGAACACAAUGUCCCGUAUCUGGCCUUUAGCAGCGGGCACGGGGCUAUUGAGUCCAUGGGGAAGAUGCAAAAUGGUAUCGGCAUCAAGUUGAGCGAGCUGAACAGUGUUGAGAUUGCAGAGGAUGGCACGACGGCGAAGAUUGGCGGGGGCGCAAUGUCGAAGACGAUUGUCGAUACGCUAUGGGAGGCCGGGAAAGAGACGGUAACCGGCGCUUGCGAAUGCACCACGAUCAUGGGCGUCGGCCUUGGCGGUGGCCACGGUCUCCUGCAGGGGCAAUACGGGCUGAUCUCGGACCAAUUCGUAUCGCUGAACGUCGUGCUAGCCGACGGGAGCAUUCGAACCAUCGACGCGGAGUCGGACCUCUGGUGGGCCAUGCAAGGGGCCGGGCACAACUUCGGCAUUGUGACGUCCGCCACAUUCAAGAUCUACGAUAUCAAGGACCGCGACUGGGCGCACGAGACCUUUAUCUUCUCUGGUAGCAAGGUCGAAAAGCUCUAUGAGGCUAUCAACAAGUAUUUCAUCAAGGCCGAUGUUCCGGCGGAGAUACUGCAGAUGUCGGUGCUCACGAACGACCCGAGCUUGGAUCCGAAGAACCCCUCCUACAUAUUCAGCGUCUUCCAGGCCGGCAAAAAAGCCGUCGAUUCAAAAUACACCAAGCCCUUCCACUCUCUCGGUCCGCUAACCACCUCCGCCUCCGCCGGCACCUACCUCGACGUGCCGACCUGGUUCAACACGCACAUGGCGUCCCCCGAGUGCCAGAAGACCUCCACCAUGCGCGCCCGCUUCCCCAUCGACCUCGACGCCUUCUCCGUCCCCGCCCAAAAGCAGCUGUACGAGCUCUUCGCGGCGACCGUGAAAGAAACGCCGGCGCUCAACGGGUCGAUGGUCAUGUUCGAGGGGUACAGUACGAAAGGCGUGAAGGCGGUGCCGGCCGACUCGACGGCGUACGCGUUUCGCGGGGACAAUGUCGUUGUGAUGCCGUUUGUCGCGCACCAUGUAGCCGGGGAGGAGCUGAGCGAGAAGGCGAGGGAGUUUGGGGAGGGCAUGAGGAGGAUUUUGAAGGAGGGGAGUGGAAGGGAGGAGCUGCAUGCGUAUGUGAAUUAUGCGUAUGGAACCGAGACGGGCGAGGAGAUGUAUGGCAGUGAGACGUGGCGGCAGGAGAGGCUGAGGGAGCUGAAGGAUAAGUAUGAUCCGCAGAGGAAGUUUAGCUUUUAUGCGCCUAUUGCGUAG